CAAACAUUUUUCUUCUUUUCUCAUUUCACUCGGACACUGCUGCAAAAUAAAUCAUCUCCAACCUCCCAUUCUCUUUACUCCAUUUAUACAAACAAACAAAAAAAAUGGAGGACAAAAAUCCACCCACAAAACCUAGGGUGGUAUGUUGUAUAGGUGAUAUCCAUGGCUACAUAACAAAGCUUCAAAAUUUAUGGUCAAAUCUUGAAUCUUGCAUUGACCCAUCUGAUUUUUCCACUGCACUUAUAAUUUUCUUGGGUGAUUACUGUGAUAGAGGUCCAGAAACUCAUAAAGUUUUAAACUUUUUAAAUUCUUUGCCCUUAAAAUACCCAAAACAAACCCAUGUUUACCUUUGUGGGAAUCAUGAUUUUGCUUUUGGAGCAUUCUUGGGUGUACUACCAAGUCCAGUUGAUGGAUCUGAAUUUAAAGAAACAUGGAAAGAAUAUGAAAUGAAUGAGGAAAGAGAAGGGUGGUAUAAAGGUGAAGGCUUUGAGAAUAUGCAUUUACAAGGGAGAAGAUGGGCUGGAAAUCAUACUGUUAAGUUUAAUACUAUAAAGGGUAUUGAAUAUAAAGGUUCUAUUUAUGAUGCUGCUCCUACUUUUGAAUCUUAUGGUGUUCCUCAUGGUUCUGCUGGUAUAAUUGAAGUGUUUCAUUUGAUGGUUGUUUUCACAAUGAUAGUGAUUUUGGAUGUUUCUUCUUUAGCUGAUUGUAAGUUGAAGCUUUUGUACUGGUGUUUCCGGGUGGUUCCAGACGAUGUUUGCAUAAAAACAGAGGAAGGAAUUAAAAGGUGCAAACUAAUUGCUGUUCAUGCUGGUCUGGAGAAAAACAAAGCUGUUGAGGAACAGAUUAAAACUCUUAAAGCAAAGGACACAAGGAUUUCUAAGGUGGAAGCCCUUAGCGGAAGGAAGAACGUAUGGGAAAUCCCUCAGGAACUGACUAAAACUCCAACAAUCGUCGUAAGUGGUCACCAUGGGAAAUUCCAUAUUGAAGGUUUAAGACUGGUAAUAGAUGAAGGUGGUGGACUAGAAGAUAAUCCAGUGGCGGGAUACUGA